CAAAGUGAAUAUGUAGUGUUAAAAAAUACAACUUGGGCUUGGGCCGCAUGAUAGUUGGGCGGCCCUUCUCUUUUCAGAUUGUGGGCGUUCUCCUCCGUCGUCGUCUUCCACUUCUUCAAUUCAAUUCAUCUUAAUUGAUGUUCAAGUUGAUUUCGUCCCUCAAAAUCUUGGCCGUCGCCGGUGAGUCCUCCCUUCCUCCUCUAGUUCUUGUCAUAUUAGUUUCGAGAGUUGUUUUGGAUAUUUUUUCAGUCUCUAUAGCUCAGAUAUUCACUUGUUAGAAACUCAGAAUUCGAAUGUCCUUUAAACGUUAAUCAUGCUCUUGAAAAACCGCUGCUUCAGAGCCUUAAAAGCUCCAAUCUUUUCCCUUUUACUCCAAACCAAGAAACCUCCAUACGCAUACACCCAGAAGCAGGGUUAUGUGGAUGUGUACAUGAAGUGGAAGAAAGACCCAUACUACGACUCCAUUGAGCAUAUAUACAGGUCUAUAGAGCUCAAGCCCAUCAUUUCUUUGAAGAAUUGCAUUGCUCGAGACCCCAAUGGCUGCAUCCCAAUUUCUGCAGUGUCUAAGAGGGGCUUAGAAUUUGAUGUAUCUAUCAAGGUUGCUAAAUUUUUGAGGCAAUACCCAGCAAUCUUUGAGGAAUUUACAGGCCCCAAUUACAAUCUGCCUUGGUUUAGACUUACCCCUGAAGCUGCCGGGAUUGAUAGAGAAGAGAGAAGGGUGUAUGAGGAUUGCAGGGAGGAUUUCAAGGAUAGGUUGAAGAAGUUGAUAUCGAUGAGUAAGGAGAAGGUUUUGCCCUUGAAAAUAAUUCGGGGUAUGCAGUGGUAUUUGGGGUUGCCUGAAGAUUUUUUGCAUCAUCCGGAAAUAAAUCUUGAUGGGUCUUUUAGGUUUGUGGAGAUAGGAGAUGGGUUAAGGGGAUUGGCUGUCGAGAGUGAGGAUAGGGUUUUGUCUGUGUUGCAAAAAACUGCGAUGACGAAAGGGAUCUAUUCUGGACAGCCAAUGGAGGCACUUGCCUUUCCUUUGUUUCCAUCAAAAGGUUUGAGGUUGAGGUGCAAAAUUGAGAAUUGGUUAGAUGAGUUCCAAAAGCUUCCCUAUGUUUCACCUUAUGAGGAUUAUUCACGGUUGGAUCCAAGUAGUGAUAUAGCUGAGAAGAGGGUUGUGGGAUUUCUUCACGAGUUGCUUUCUCUGUUUGUUGAGCAUUCAGCUGAGAGAAAGAAGCUUUUGUGCCUUAAGAAAUACUUUGGUUUGCCGCAGAAAGUACACAAAGCGUUUGAGAGGCAUCCCCAUAUGUUCUAUAUAUCUUUUAGAAACAAGACUUGUACUGCAAUUCUCAAGGAAGCCUAUAAUGGUAAAUCAGCUACAGAGAAGCACCCAAUAUUAUGGGUGAGGAAGAAGUACAUUACGUUGAUCAAGGAAUCGGAGGGUCUAUUGAAGCAUAGGAGGGUGAAUAAUCGGGUUGUUGAAAGAGGAAAGUUGGAUCUGGAUUUGGAUAAUGUGGAUGAAAAUGGAGGGGAGAUGGCAGAAUCCACUUUAUAGACUGGAUUGUCCCAAUUUCCAGGGGAUUAAUUAUGAGCUUUAGCCUUUGAUGCAUUGGUGGAUUAUUUUCUGACAAUCUUCGUGUCAUGAGUUUAUACCGUGGGAACAAUCUGCAAUGCUCUUGCCCUGGCAGAAGUCGUGUGCUGUGGGUUGCCCUUUACCAUUAGAUGAUAAAUAUUUUCAUGGAUGAAGAUUAUGUUAGAGUUCCCUGAGCAGGCAGAGCUGAAUUAAAGAUGAUUGGAGGCAUGGAGAGCGCUUACAUGAAGACUUUACUCGAGAUAAGUUUUCUUGAGAUAAUUUAAGACACAGCAGAUUUGGAAGUUUCUCUCAAGCGUUUUGUCAUGACCAUUGUCAGAGAGGCGUAUAUAUUUAAAUUCGGGGUCAUUUACAUGCUAAGGUCAUUGCACAAAAACCAUUUGCGUUGUCACAUGCAGGUUAGCAUGGAAGAUAUAAUUUAGUUCUGCAGGUUCAAUGGCUAUAUUUUCCAAGUAGGACUUAAGCUCAAAAGAAUUAUCUAGGGUACUGAAACAAUAACAAAACAAGAAGAAAAGAUCAGUUGUUUAUAUAUGUAUGUAUCUAUAUCUAUAUAUAUGUCUGUCUGUGUGGAGUAUGUCAUGUUAUUACUGACAAGUUAUUGAAAAUCUUGCUGAGAAAUACUAGACCAUGGUCUGCAGAAGCAAUAUCAUUGAUUUCAGACCAGUAAAACAUUCAAAAUUUGAAUAAAACUAAGCGACAUUUUUUUUA